AUGUGGAAGUUUCAACUUGCAGCAAUCCUUAAAGCCCAUAAACUUUAUGGCUUUAUAGAUGGAUCGACACCGAAACCUGCUAAGUUCUUGGUUUCGUCUUCUGAUAGUUUGUCAUCUACUUCGCCUAUUGUGAAUCCGGCUUUUAGCGACUGGAUCGCCAAAGAUCAUGCUCUCAUGACUCUUCUGAAUGCUACUCUGUCACCAUCGGCUCUUGCAUAUAUGGUUGGGUGUGAUUCGUCUCAACAGGUUUGGCAAACCUUGGUGAAGUACUACUCAUCCUCGUCCAGAACAAAUGUGGUAAAUUUGAAGUCAAAUCUUCAGUCUAUCAGCAAGAAACCUGGUGAAUCCAUUGAUCUCUAUAUGCAGCGAAUUAAAGAACUGAAGGACAAACUUGCAAAUGUAUCUGUUCUUGUUGACAACGAAGAUCUGCUCAUCUACACUCUCAAUGGUCUACCACCCGAAUUCAAUGCAUUUUGUACUUCCAUGUGCACUCGCUCUCAAUCUGUAUCAUUUGAAGAGCUCUAUGUCCUAUUAGUUUAUGAGGAAGCAGCGAUUGAUAAACAGACCAAGCACGAUGAAGUCUUUGUUCAGUCUUCUACUCUCCUUGCGAACAUGGCUACGAAAGGUCAGAAUUCUAACCCUAAUAUUCCACGUGUUCGAGGUUUCAAUGGUGGUGGUAAAGGAAAAUUCCCUAAUCCUAAUAAUCGAUCCAAAAUAUCCUCUCUGGGUACCACUGGUGGUAGAAGCCGUGGCUUUUCAGGUACUGCUAUACCAUUUGAAAUUCAAUCGAAUCAGUCGUCUUCUGAUACUUAA